AGAAAUUUUGUGUUCUGUGGUGUAGCAGCAAAUUUAAAAAAAUAUUAGAGCUGGCAAUUACAAUUGAAUCAAAGAAUGUAUUGGCAGCAUUUUCAAUGAAAUCAUUGUCCAUAGUAAUUUUGGUAUUCGUUCUUUAAUUUUGCUGAAAUUGUUUACAUAUAAUAUAUUAUUAGUAUUUCGUGUUAGAUGCAUAUAAGAUGUCGGAUGACACCAUUAUUAAAUUGCUUAUUUUAGGAGAAAGCGGAGUUGGGAAAUCGAGCUUAGUUCGUCAGUUUAUCGAAAAUAAAUUUGAAGACAACUACGAUGUAACAAUUGGCAUGGAAUUUAAAACGAAAGUAAUGAAAAUAAAUGAUGUGAAUUAUAAAUUAGCUCUUUGGGAUACUGCGGGAGCUGAACGAUUUCGAAGCCUUACACCAAGUUUUUAUAGAAAAGCAAUGGGAGCUGUAUUAGUAUAUGAUAUAACAAAUCUGGAUUCAUUUGCAAAAUUAGAUAGUUGGAUGAUAGAAUUAGAAAAUUACAGCGAUAAUCCGAACAUUCCGACAAUAGUAGUUGGUAAUAAAUUGGAUAAGAAUCGUGUGGUGAGCAGAAAUGAAGGCCUUAAAUUUGCUCGAAAAAAUCGAUCAUUAUUUAUUGAAACUUCCGCAAAAUGUGAUCAAUUUGUUGCAGAUGUUUUUCAAAAUAUUGUAGAAAAAAUUAUAUCCUGCGAGCAAUUUGAUGCUAAGCGCAAUGGCAACACGUUAAAUAUUAUGCAAAAUGAUGAAACGAUAAGCUCAUCAUGUCAAUGCUAAUUAUGUAUUUUUAAUGUAUUCUUUUGGUAAUUAAUAAAUUGGAAAAAAUAA